AUGUUUGAAUCUUUAGAAAUAAAACCUAUCAAUCAUUUGUUUUUUAUAAUUUUACUCUAUUUAGCAUCAUUUUAGUAGCUAAGUUUAGCAGCAUUACUAAAGAAUUAAGCUGAAAUAAAGCAAGAGACUAAUAGAAUUGACUAUAAAAUAGAAUUAGAGCAAUCAAUUAACAAUGAUUAAUCUAAUAAUAGUCCAAGCAAAAAUGGAAAUUACAUUUAGGUUGAGAUAUCUUUUUAAAAUAAUUUAGAAUCUAUAUACACUCGCUUACUAGAAUAAGAUGAUAUUUAUUUUUGUGUCUCUGACAUUCUUGGAAGUUAAUGCGUUAAUAGCGAAAAUUUGGACAUAUAUCAAUAAAAUUUUAGAUCAAAUUUGCUUUUCAUAUAGAAAAAUUUACCUGCUGAUAUAUCACAUUAGUAUGUUACUGUAAUCAUUAGCGAUUAGUUAAUGCAAAAUGAGAAAAACAAGUUAAUAUAUUAAAUAAGGUGGUAAUCCUGGGAAUAAAAGCCUUCUGACUAAUAGCUAAGAUGUCCUUUUGACUGCUCUUAGAGAGGUUAAUGCAUUAAUGGAAUCUGUAAUUGUUCAUAAGAUUAUGUAGGUAGGGCAUGUGAAUUUAACUUGAGAUAAGUCAAUGUUAAACAAAAGCCUUGGAUAGCCUAGAUGGAAAGCGGUAUUCAAUGGAUAAGUGUUGAUCCAUAAGAUGAUAUAAUUUUAUUAGAUUUUAAACAAGGCUUACUUUAAGUAAUAGCUUUUACAGAUUUUACUUCAUUUUCAAUAUCUUCUUAGUAUUUAUUAAGCGAACCCCAAAAAAUCAUACUUGAUAAAAAGUACAUAAUGAAAUUUGAUUUAGAUGGUGAGUAAUCAUCUAAUUCUAAUAAUUUCUUAAGCGGAAGUAAUAGUACCUUAACAUAAAAACCUUUAUUACUUUGUUUCUAUUCCUACAGAUAAGGGACUAAUUUCUAACUUACCUUUGAUCAAGAGAAAAUAAAAGACAUUUUAAAUAGUUAUGAUAAAGAAUUAGUCUAAAAUGAUCCAGAAACCUAAAUUCUGAAUAUGCUUACUAAUUUUUUGAUAUUUUUAGUUAUUUUGUCUUCUAUUUUAGUCUUUUUUUUCAUUUACAGAUAUACAGUAGAGAAGAAAAAAUUAUCUAUCUUAAUGCUCUAUAAGAGUAAGAAAUUUAGCGAAUUAGAUCCAUCAUUACAACUAGAAGAUUCUUGCAGAAUUUGCUUAGAAAAAUACUAAGGUGAUACUUAAGUAAGAUUUCAUUACUAAUGUAAAAAAGUUUUCCAUAAAACCUGCUUUGACAUAUGGGCUAUGACAGGUAACAACUAUAAAUGCCCUCAAUGUAGAAUGGAUUAUGAACCUAUUUUACUUUAGGCUCUCUAAAAGAAUCAGAGUGUUGCUGAAUUAGUUAAUUUAAAUAACAGAGAGUAGCCAAAUGAAGGAGCAGAGAGUAUAACAAAUAGAACACAAAUUUCUUUAAAUAUCCCUUUUGUUAACUAAAGCAUCGAUUAAAUCGACAACUAAGUUCUCGAAGACCAUACAAACUAGUAUUAAGCUCCAGAUUAAUUGAAUGUAGAUGAACAAGCUACUAAUCCAGAUAAUAGAAGAGUAGAAUCUCAAUAUUAAGAAAUCACUUAAAAUUAAAAAGAUGAAUAAAUAAAAUAAUAAUUUAAUGAAGCUAAAGAUGAAGAUGAAGAUGAAGUAGAUGAAUAAAGUAGCUAUGACGAUAAUGAAGAAGGAAAAGAUUAAGAUGAAAGCGAUUAAGAUAACAAAAAAGAAUAAAAAUAAACUAAAGGGUAGAGAGAGCAUAGCUUAUUAAAUGAUAAAACAAAUGGAUUUAAUGAUGAUUAAGUUGAAUAAAAUAAUAAUUAGUAGACAAAUCAAAAUUAUAAAAGUAAAAAACAAAAGCAAAGAUAAUAGUCUUAAGAUUCAUAAGAAGAAGAUUAAGUAGAUACUUUAGAAGAAAAGCAUGAUUAAAUCAAUGAUAAACUAAAUAAAAGUAAUGAAUAAACAUAAAAUAAGGAAUCAAAUACAAAAGUAAUUGGAAAAAAAAGAUUAAAAAAAAAGUAUUUUAAAAUAACAAAUUGA